AUGAGAGAGAACGGCGAGGAUGAGGGGGGCGGUGUGCGCGGACAGAAUGCGGCGCCGUCAUCCCGAGAACUAUUGGAGCGCAUUCAGUACAAUCAGGAGCUCACAUGCACUAGCUCGUUAGCGCGGCGUCGCGUCGGCGCCAUCACUCCAUCGGACGCAGAGGUGCAAGCGGUUUACGCUGCACGAGAAGCCGCGGCAACGCGACAGCGCGAGGAGACGUUGCACGGAGACCGGCAUCGGCGCAGUGUAGUUUCAAUUCGGUACUAUGACACCUUGAUGGCCGCUACGACGGACGAUGCGUUUCAGGAAUCGCCGCCACUGAGUGAUGUGGAGGCUCGUCGCGUUGUUCUUGGACCAAUCAGGAAACUGAUGGCUGUCUUAGCGACGAGGCAGCGCUUCGCGAGUCUGCUGCGCUCUGCCAGCGGUGUCGGCGAAGGACUCGACACCGAUCGAGUUUCCACACAGCUUGCAGAGCAGUCGGCGCUUCCCUCCCCCUCUCCGUUACCUAACAUAAGCACGCUGCUGCGAGGAAUUGCACUGCCCGACGUGGGUGCGUCACGGCGGUUCGCCGGCUCAGGCCACGGCGAUCUGGCGUACGAUUUCGUCCAAGCGCCGAGAUCCCGCCCGUGGCAUGAGCCGUUUGCCUUUCGAUUCCAGCACUUCACCCCAGUCCCUAUGCCGUCGUUUGUAUUGGAUGUCGGAGCGCAGGCGGAAAAGGAGGUUCGACGAGGAGAUGGCGACAGCCCGUCGGCUCAGGAAGGAGAUGACGUGCCUACCUUGAUGGCUGUACAGCCAACUGCGCCGGUGGCGAAUGGAACGCACUUCAUGUCCUGUACGACGAGUGCGCGCCCGGCCAAAGCAGCCGCGCACGCCCGGAGUCCUGCUGGUGCUGCCCCUGCCACUGGGUAG